UCGUUGUCCUCUGCUGCUCUUUACUUGGUUAGAUGAUUCGUGGAGUCUGGUAAAAUUCGGAUGUUUCUAACAUGUUUGUUUUCUUGUUUCCUGUCACUCGUUGUUUGUUAAUUUUGGAUUUUAUAUGAAAAUUUCUAGAUAUUUAGGUUGUGUAAUCCAUCUCGUGUGGGGAUCAUCUCUUGUCUGAUAUUCGUUACUCCUAAUUGUCUUUACAUUUGUUUUCAUAAUAUUUUGGUGUUGUAGGCUGGUUUCCACAUUUUCUUUUUACGAGUCUAGUAAUUUCUUGUUUUGCUUUCCCAGAGGUUCACUCAAUUUAUGUUCUGGAACUUUUAUGCAAGUUCAUUGAUAGUCAAUAGGUAUGUGUGUUAGGUUUGGUUUGGUAAUUAUUUCCUUUUUAUGAAUCUAGUAUUUCUUGUUUAGCUUUCCCAGAGUUUUAUUCAAUGUAUGCUUUGGAGCUUCUAUUCAAGUUCAUUGAUAAUCAGUAAGUAUGUGUUAGGUUUGGUUUGAUAAUUAUUACUACUCUUUUCAUGGUCGUUCAUCCUUUGUUAGCUUGAACCUUGAAUAUUUUUUGUGUGUCUUGAUGGAAGAGUCUUGAUAUUGCAGCUUUGGUUAAAAUCACUAAAACCAUAAUAAUAGACUCCAAAAUUAUGAUAAUGGAUUCCUAAAUAAUAUAACCGUUCUUUAAUUUAAAAGGAUUACAACUUCAAUUUACUCAAGUUAACCUAUUUUGCAUCAGUAUAGAUUGAAUUUCUAACCUAUUUAGUUUUCUAUUUGCUGUGAGUCCAGUCUCCACUAAUAAAUUCCAAAUGAUGCUAAGGGAAGACAGAACACUGCUUCUUUGAAUUCAAUUCAUUCUGAUCCGGUCUGCCCAGUACAUUGCUGUUGAAGGCCAAGCCCUAUCCUUAGGUUACAAUUGCAAAUGGCAGCAGAAGGAUUUACUUGCUCACAUGCCUUAUGAAAAUGGAGGGCGAGAAUAAAAGCAUCCAAUGCAGAAGCUCACCACUAGUAACAGAUGGUGACCAACUCAUUGUAGAUGAUGUGAAACAGAAGUCCAGAGACCAAAGAGAAGCUUUUCCUGGGGAGCCUAGAUGUGUUUUAUGUGGUCGUUAUGGUGAAUAUAUAUGUGAUGAGACGGAUGAUGAUAUUUGCAGCUUGGAAUGUAAACAAACUCUGCUACAAAGGGUUGCCACCAAGGGAGUGUCCGUUGAUCCCUUGCCUCCUGUAAGAUUACCUGUCACAGAUGAGUGCUUUUACAUCAGGGAUUCUGAUGACAGGUCAGGACCUCCAUCUUUGACUGUUGACCAAACUGAAUUGCUUAGAAGGAGACUUGAUAUCCAUGUGAAAGGAGAUGCAGUUCCGGCCCCUGUAUUGUCAUUCUCUUCUUGCAACCUUCCUCAGAAGCUGCUCCAAAAUAUAGAAACUGCCGGAUUUGAGAUGCCUACCCCUAUUCAGAUGCAAGCAAUUCCAGCGGCAUUGGUUAGUAAACAUUUGCUUGUUUUGGCAGACACGGGCUUAGGAAAAAGUGCUUCCUUUUUGGUUCCUAUCGUUUCUCGUUGUGCAAGUUUUCGCCUUGAGCACUUCUCUGACCAGAAGAAGCCAUUAGCAGUGGUACUGGCGCCAACUAGAGAACUCUGCAUCCAAGUUGAGGAACAGGCUAAGAUACUUGGAAAAGGAUUGCCUUUUAAAACCGCACUUGUGGUUGGUGGUGAUGCGAUGCCCAGACAACUUUACCGGAUCCAACAAGGGGUGGAGCUGGUAGUUGGAACCCCAGGCAGGCUUGUUGAUCUUUUAUCAAAGCAUGAUAUUGAACUAGAUAGUGUAUCGAUGUUUGUCUUGGAUGAGGUAGACUGCAUGCUUCAAAGGGGAUUCAAAGAUCAGGUGAUGCAGAUUUUUAGGGCUUUACCACAACCUCAGAUCUUGAUGUACUCAGCAACAAUCUCACAAGAGGUAGAGAAGGUGGCGAGGUCUAUGGCCAAAGACAUUAUCAGUAUCUCUAUUGGCAGGCCUAAUAGGCCUAGCAAGGCUGUGAAGCAGCUGGCUAUCUGGGUUGAGUCAAAGCAAAAGAAGCAAAAGCUUUUUGAUAUAUUGACGAGUAGGCAGCAUUUUAAGCCACCCACUGUGGUUUAUGUGGGUUCAAAGGUUGGGGCAGAUCUCCUAUCUGAUUCAAUCACUGUCACCACCGGGGUGAAAGCUCUAUCAAUACAUGGAGACAAGCCCAUGAAGGAGAGGAGAGAAAUCAUGAGGUCAUUUUUAGUAGGAGAGAUUUCUGUUAUUGUGUCGACUGCAGUUUUAGGACGGGGAGUUGACCUCUCGGGUGUGAGACAGGUUAUAGUGUUUGACAUGCCAAACUCCAUAAAGGAGUACAUACAUCAGAUUGGCAGGGCGUCCAGAAUGGGAGAGGAGGGUACAGCAAUUGUUUUUGUGAAUAUGGAGAAUAAGACUUUGUUUCCAGAUUUGGUUGAAGCUUUGAAAUAUUCUGGGGCAUCCAUCCCCCGAGAACUCACUAAUUCAAGUUGUACUGCGGGUUCUGCAUCUGAAAAGUUUCACAGAAAGAGGAAAUAUGGUUGCUGAGUUAGUAGGAGGUGCAUAAUUUUAGUAUGGCGGCUUACAUUUGAUGUAAGGAUUAUUAAGAUUAAUUAGAAGAUAUUAAGAUUAAUUAGUAAUAAGAUGAAAUUAGUGUGUUAAUUGUAACCGUUUUUGUUUUUUUCUCUCUGCCAUUGUACAACAAAAGCUGUAUAUAUUUUCUUUGGCUGUCGAUGAAUAAUAUCAGAAAAUUAGAGUAA